CAAAGUCCCGACAUCUUGUGCACCACAUGACCUCGUUGCCGUGUCCCGUGACCAGCUCACGUGAAUUUCGACAAAUUCAAACGUUUUUUAACUAAAAAAUAAUGGACAUUCUUGACAGUCAUCUUGAUCCACAAGACGUCAGUGGUAAUUCAAAAGAUGAUAAUGAAACAAGUAUUGUUAUUGAAGAAGCUGAAAUAGUUGAUUGUGAUUAUGAAGCAUUUGAUCCUCUAGCAGGAGACGGAGUACCUGAUGAUGGAUUACGUUAUCAGGAAGCUCUAGCUUAUCGGGUUGUACAAGUUAAUGGUAAUACUGUUAGCAAUGAAAUUGAAUUACCAGUACAACAGCAUGGAAACAAUGCUGUCCAAGUAUUAACAUCACCUAUUAAUGGACAAUUUUAUAUUGUCGGUGGUACUAAUGAGGUAUUUACAACUUCCCAAACUUCAAGAUCCCUUGCUCCACGUACUACGACACUACAAAUUGAAACACCCAGAAAUAAUAAUAAUCCUGGACUAAAAAAGCGUGAUGAUAAAAGAAGAGCAACACACAAUGAAGUUGAACGACGACGUAGAGAUAAAAUAAAUAAUUGGAUCGCAAAACUUGGUAAAAUAAUACCUGAGUGUAGUAAUAAUUCAGGUAAUAGUAACGGUAAUGGAAGUAGCAGUGAAGGAAAAACAAAUUACGAAACCCAGAGUAAAGGUGGAAUAUUGGCAAAAGCAUGUGAAUAUAUUGGUGAAUUACGUGCUGCAAAUCAAGGCCUAGGACAAUGUCUACGUGACAAUGAAAAAUUACGUCAAGAAGUUACGGCACUAAAACAGCUUGUACAAAAAUUACAACGUGAAAAUGAACAAUUACGCAGAGUUAAUGUUGUAGUAACAAAUACUAAUUGAAUUAACACCUAUUUAAAUAGUUAUCAGUUAAUCGCUAAUACAUUUCUAUUAUUAAUAUUUUUUUUUGUUUUUUUUGUUUUUUUUUUUUUUAUUACUAUUAUUUGCCAGUUCUCUCUUGGAAUAUAUCUCUCUAUCUUUUUAUUACUGUUUAUAAUCAGAGUAUGAUUUUAAUUGUAAAUGUAAAUAUUAAUAUUUAGUCGCCAUUAUACCGUUUGUUAUCGAUGAUUAUUAAGAUAAUUCGUUUUUUUUUUCUUGUUAAUGAAUUAAAUUUAUAAAUUAUUAGAUAUAUAAUUGUACAUGGGUAAUAGAAUUUAAUGAUAUUAAAGAAAAAAAAAAGUGGCAAUUUGAUAAUUUGUUAUCGUAGCUUAUGCAUUAUUGUUGGUCAAUUAAAUAAAUUUAAAUAUAUAAAUAAUAUAAUUAUUAUUUCGAUGUAAUCUCAGACUAAAAUAAGGCAUGGCUGUGAUUUAUAAAUGCCAAGAUAAAUGACUAUCGCGAAAUUAUAUUUUUUGAAAAUAAAGUAAUUGUUUUGUUAGAUAAUUUAAUAUAUUUAUCUUAUUUUUAUUGAUAAAAUUAAACUAAAACAUUAAAAUAAUUAAAUGCUUGCGAAAAAAUUUACCAAUAGUUAUUUAAUGAAAUAAUAAUAAUAAUUAGCAAUAAUAUAAAUUUUAUCUAUCCCAUGUACAAUUUAAAAUAAAUAAAAUGAAAGACAAAGUAAUUAAUAAUUAAGCUUAAAAAAAUUUUCCAGUUAUGUAGAAAUGUAAUAUAUCGUUAAUGU